AUGAAUAUCUCAUCUCAUUCCCACAAUGUGUCCUACACUCUGCAAAAUCAACAGCCGAAAUCAUCUGUGACCAAAAUGGUGGUGGUUUUUGCUCUGGGAAUCAUCAUCAACUACAUAAAUGGCACACUUCUUCACACCUUCAGAAAACACCAGAUCUUUUACUUAAAUCCUCGCUACAUCCUUUUCAUCCACCUGGUGAUAAACGACAUGAUCCAGCUCACAGCAACCAUCAGCCUCGUCAUCCUGGGAAACAUCUUCUACCGAAUCAAUGUUGUACUCUGUUGUUUCAUUUUGACCUUUGCAUUGUGCACCACCUUCAACACGCCACUGAACCUGGCUGUCAUGGCCUUGGAGUGCUACGUCGCUGUCUGCUUGCCUCUGCGACACUCCGAGCUGUGCACCAUCAAUCGGACAUACAUCCUGAUUGGAUGCAUUUGGGCCAUGAGCACUGUAUCAGUCACUGCAGACAUCUUCCUUGUUGUUGCUGCUGAGCCGAAGCAUUUAAUGUUUAACAAUGCUCUUUACUGUGAGAACAAUAAUGUCUUGCGACACCCAUUAACUUCACAAAAGAAGGACUUUUCUUUCAUUGUUUUCAUGGUUGCGGUGUGGUUCACCAUUUUGUACACCUACGUAAAUAUCUUUCUUGCUGCAAGAGCUGCAAAAUCAACUAAAUCAACAAGCGGACAUGCAAAAAAGGCCAGAAAUACCAUCCUGCUGCACGGCUUCCAGCUGCUGCUGAGCAUGCUCACCUAUGUGGCCCACCUCUUGAUAAAAGGCCUCAUUUCCUUGUUUCCAAAAAAUUUUUCUGAAAUUGUCUUUGUUGUCUAUGUCAUCGUCCACAUCUUCCCCAGGUUAGUCAGUCCCAUCGUAUACGGGCUGCGAGACAACACAUUCAGGCGGUAUCUGAAAAGACAUCUGUUGUGUGCAGAGAGACCAGGCAUUAAUAUAGAGAUGGCACCCAAACCCAUGCUGCAGUACUCGAAACCCAGAAGAUAG